UUUUGCAGUUACAAGAACUAUGAAUUUGAAUUUCCAUCACUGGAAAUAUUGAUUGUAAGAGAGUGCCUAAAGAUGAAAAAAUUCAGUAAAAAAAGAGCAAUAGCACCAAAGUUGAAAGAUGUAUUUGGUGUGGAAGGAGAUGAAAACGCAAAAUGGGAGUGGAAAGGUGACUUGAAUGCCACCAUACAAAAGGUUUUCAAUGAUAAGGUCAGUUUCGCAUAUACUGAAUAUCUGUGGCUUCACUACGGUAAUGAUUUUAUUAUAAAGCAAGUAUGGGACGACACUCAUUGGGGCCAGCAAAAGAACUUUGGGUAUUUGAAAAGGUUGAGUGUGUACGCAUGUCUUACUCUAGAGCAUAUAAUUCCAUCUCAUUUGCUUUCUUGCUUUCACAAUUUGGAAGAGUUAGAUGUAAAGUAUUGCAGUAAUGCAGAGGUGAUAUUUAAUAUGAAUGAUGAGAACAGGGUGAUGACAAAACCUUCCGGAAUAUUCCGUCUGAAAACAUUGUCUUUAUAUGAACUACCACGACUGGAGCAGGUAUGGGACAAGGAUCCUGAGGGAAUUAUUGGCCUUCAACUGCUAAAGGAAAUGCGUGUUCAAUAUUGUAAGAGUCUUAAAAGUUUGUUUCCAGCAUCGGUGGCCAAAGAUCUUACGAGACUUGAAGUGCUUGAGGUAAGAUACUGUGAGAAAUUGAUAGAAAUAUUUUGGAAGGAUGAAAAGGAUGAGGAAAGAACAACACAAGAGUUUGUGUUUCGUGAUCUCAACUCAUUGACACUAGAAAAAUUGCCAGCCCUCAAAUACUCUAUACACUGCUCCAAACAACAGGAGAAUAUAUCAAAAUUGCGUUUGAGAGAAAUACAAGAGUUAUGUCUUGGCUCACGGCCCAUCCCAAACUCCUCCUUCCGUCUCUUAGAUUCUUUGAUUGUGGAUGGAUGCAAGUUUUCAUCAGAUGUACUUCUACCAUUCACUUUACUUUCUUUCUUAGCUAAAUUGGAGACGUUGGAAGUUAGAAAGUGUGAUUCUGUCAAAGUUAUUUUUGAUGUCAAAUGUACAACACAAGACACGAUCACUUUUCCGCUAAAGAAAUUGACUUUAUCCCAGCUACCACAUCUGGAGAAUGUUUGGAAUGAAGAUCCUCAUGCAAUUCUAAGCAUGCACCAUCUACAAGAACUACAUGUUAAGGAAUGUAAAGGCCUUAAAAGUAUGUUUCCAGCUUCAGGGGCCAAAGAAGCACUACUACCAUUCAAUUUACUUCCUUUCUUAACUAACUUGGUAACAUUGGAAGUUAGAAACUGCGAUGAUGUCAAAGCCAUUUUUGAUGUCAAAUGUACAACACAAGACAGAGAUGUGACAUCUACGGGACCGCCCCUCCCUUUUUCUCUGAAGAAUUUGACUUUAUCGAAGCUGUCAAAUCUGAAGAAUGUUUGGAAUGAUGAUCCUCAUGGAAUUCUAAACAUGCGCCAUCUACAACAAGUACAUGUUGAGGAAUGUAAAAGCCUUGAAAGCGUGUUUCCCACUUCAGUAGCCAAAGAUCUUGCGGAACUUGAAAGUCUAGUGAUAAAAGACUGUGAGAGAUUGAUGACUAUUGUUGUAGAAGACAAUACAAAUGGAAGUCUAGAGUUUACGUUUCCCUGUCCCUAUGUGAUAUCAUUGGAACUACGGAACUUGCCCAAGUUCAAGUAUUUUUACUACUGCUCUCUCAAGUCUCACACUUACACGCGUCUAGAGUCGAAUACCGAGAAUCAAGUCGAUACUGAAAGGUGUAUGUCAGUAGGAGAAAAUGGAACGAAGAUGAUUUUGCGAGGAGAAUUCGAGAGAAAGCUCUUACACAGCUUAAAAACACUUACUCUCUGCUUUGGUUCAGAUGUAUUUCCAUGUAAAAUUCUAGAACAGGUUCCGAAUAUAGAGAAACUUGUGGUGUGUGAUGGUUCCUUCAAGAAGAUGUUCUGUUGUGAAAGUGGUAAUAAUGUGUUAAAGCAGCUGAAAGUAUUACGGUUGGUUUCCAUUGGGUUAGAGAACUCUUGGACUGAUUCUUUUGUGAGAAAUUUAGAAACCUUUGAAGUCAUUGGAUGUAAGAGUUUAAAAAACUUGGUAGGAUGCACAGUGUCUUUCUCCAAUCUGACGUGUUUGAAAGUAGAGGAUUGCGAUAGCUUAUCAUAUUUGUUGACUUCCUCAGCAGCCAAGCGUUUGUGUCAACUCAAAAGAAUGGAGAUAAAGGAUUGUUAUUCAAUUGAAGAGAUAGUGUAUAAGGAAACAGAUGAGGAUGAGAUAAUAUUUCCGCAACUCAGUUGUUUGGAUCUUGAUAACUUAAGGAUGCUCAAAAGGUUUUACAAAGGGAGUUUAGGUUUCCCAUCCUUGGAGGAACUGUCAGUAACAUAUUGCAAUGAGAUGAUAACUUUAUGUGAAGGAAGUAUAGAAGCAGCCAACUUGUCUCAAGUUAUACUUAAUAAGUACUCAGAUGUUAUUCAAUUGGAAACCGAGCUGAACUCUACUAUGAGGAAGAAAUAUCUGACAGAGAUUGCUCCACGGAGAGAGAGUAUUGAAUUCAGAGAUAGGGAAGACCUACAAGAGAUAUGGUGUCUUUCACUUCAGAUACCCGACUUCUGUUUCACUUNCUUGGUAACCUUGAUUGUGAAUAAAUGCAAAAUUUCAUCAGAUGCAGUGUUACCUUUUACUUUAUUUCCUUUAUUACCCAAAUUAGAAACAUUGGAAGUUCAAAACUGUGAUUCUGUCAAAACCAUAUUUGAUGUCAACUGUACAAAACAAGGCACACUCACUCUUCCUCUAAAGAAAUUAGUUUUACGGAAGUUGCCAAAUCUAGAAACCGUUUGCAGUGAAGUUAAAGAGACUAAUACAACUCAUCCAGAAGGAACAAAUCCUGAGCUUACAUUCCCCUGUGUCACGUCAUUCCCACUAUUGGAUUUGCCAAACUUCAAUGCAGUACCAACAUUUGAGCUAAUUAUACCCAACUUAGAGCAUCUGACAGUGGGUAAAAAUGAAUUAAAGAUGAUUGUGGACGGAGGAUUUCAGAGAAACCUUUUACACAAGUUAAAAGUUCUUACUUUGUGCUUUGAUAUUGAGUGUGAUGAAUUUCCGGAGUAUGGAUUUCUACAACAGUUGCCAAAUGUAAUGAAGCUUGUGGUGUAUGACAGUUCCUUCAAAGUGAUUUUCUGCGAUCAAAGACCUAAUAAUAGUGAAAUACUUUUACAAUUGAAAGAAUUACGGUUGGAGUCCCUUCAAGAGUUGGUUUCGAUUGGCUUAGAAAACUCAUGGACUGAACCCUUUGUCACAGAUCUAGAAACCUUUGAAGUCAUUAGCUGUUCCAAUUUAAAAAACUUGGUUCCAUGCAGAGUGUCUUUUUCAAAUCUGAUACGUUUAAAAGUGGAAAAUUGCGAUAACUUGUCAUAUUUGUUCACAUCUUCGACAGCCAAAAGUUUGGCUAAACUUCAAAGAAUGGAGAUAGAAAAGUGUAAAUCAAUUGAAGAAAUAGUGUCUAAUGAAGAGAAGGAAUCAGAUGAGGAUGAAAUAACAUUUCUGGAGCUCAAUUGUUUGAAACUUAAAUAUCUGAAAAAUCUCCGAAGGUUUUACAAAGGGAGUUUAAGUUUUCCAUUGUUGGAGGAAUUGUCAAUAGCGUGGUGCAAGGAGAUGGUAAGUUUAUGUGGAGGUACUCUGAAGGCAAGUAAGUUGUCUGAAGUUGAACUUGAAUGGUCAAACACUACAUUGGAAACUGGUCUCAACUCUACUAUGAAGAAGGAAUUUCUGAAAAAGAUUUCAGAGCUUGACGAACUUGAUCUGGAAAGUGGGCCAAGACUACAAGAGAUAUGGAAUGGCUCACUGCAUAUCCCCGACCUCUGUUUCAGUGAGUUGGCCAAAUUGACUGUGAAUGACUGCCAGUUUUUGUCAGAUGCAGUGCUACCCUUCCAUUUACUUCCUUUAUUACCCAAAUUGGAGAUAUUGGAAGUUCGAAACUGCAACUAUGUCACAGUCAUUUUCGAUGUCAAUCCUUCAACACGAUACCCUUUAAUUACUCUUCCUCUGAAGAAAUUGGUUUUAUCGAAUCUUCCAAAUGUGGAGAAUGUUUGGAAUGAAGAUCCUCGUGGAAUUCUAAGCAUGCAACAUCUACAACAAGUGUUCGUUGAUAAAUGCAAAUGCCUUAAAACCGUGUUUCCAGCAUCAGUAGCCAGAGACCUUGUAAAACUUGAAGAUCUAGUACUGGAAGACUGUGAGGGAUUGAUGGCAAUUGUUGCAGAUGAAUCUGAUGAGAAGGAAGAAAUUAUAUUUGAGCGGCUUCAGGUUUUGGAUCUUAAAAGAUUAAAAGAACUAACGUGCUUUUACGAUGGCAACUUUACUUUAAGUUUUCCAUCCUUGAAGGAAGUCCAUGUCAUCGAGUGCAGCUCCAUGAAAACUUUCAGUGCAUUCAACAAAAUAGAUAAUCCGACAAGAUGGUAUUAUUCAGAACAUGCGAGACCCCGAAAGGAAACUGAUCUUAAUUCUGCUCUGCACAAAACUUGUGAAGAAGAGGCUCCAGAUGCUUCGAGUACAUCAAAUACUUGAGAUAGUGAAGAUAGCGGAUAAGGUGAUGAUUAGUGAGCAAGCACUUUUUCACAACAUAACAUCAUGAUUACGUCUUAUUAUGUUGAGUCUCUGUUGCCGACUCCAAUAUUGCAGUAAUUAAGAGGAGAUUAAAGGCGUGAAGAAUGGAUGAAGAUGAAUCUGUCUCGAUUUUAUUACGUGUGGUUGUGUUUUAAAGAAAAUGAAAGAAAAAAACAAAAAAAAAUGUUUUUCUACCUAGUUGAAGAUGAAUGU